AUGGGGUAUAAAGGAACAGAAGAUGCACUUGAUUUUGCUGCUAAAAGUGGAAAUUUAGAUGUGGUAAAAUAUUUACAUGAAUUAGGGUAUAAAGGUACAGAAUAUGCAAUUGAUAAUGCUGCUAAAAAUGGACAUCUUGAAGUAAUUAAAUAUUUACAUGAAUUAGGGUAUAAAGGUACAGAAAAUGCAAUUGAUAAUGCUGCUUUAAAUGGUCAUCUUGAAGUAAUUAAAUAUUUACAUGAAUUAGGGUAUAAAGGUACAGAAAAUGCAAUUGAUAAUGCUGCUUUAAAUGGUCAUCUUGAAGUAAUUAAAUAUUUACAUUCUAUUGGAUAUAGAGGAACAGAAUGGGCAGUUAAUUUUGCUGCUUUAAAUGGUCAUCUUGAAGUAAUAAAAUAUUUACAUUCAUUAGGAUAUAGAGGUUUAAUAAAUGCAAUUAAUUGUGCUGCAGAAAAUGAUCACCUUGAAGUACUAAAAUAUUUACAUUCUAUAGGAUAUAAAUAA